AUGAUUCUAGAAGAACCAUUUGGUAGUUGUGUGGCUAUUGUUUCGCGUUUAAUAAUUCAAACACCGCCGAUAUCCCGAGAAAAUCUGCAAAGGGAAUACACGUUGAUAUUCGUGCCAAAUCCUGAACAAGAUGAAGUAUACGAUGGCUUAAUACACCGUGAGUACAAACAGGAAGCACCGACCGAGGUGCCUUAUUAUGAAGAUGGGACGUUUGCAUCGAUGCAAGCUGCCACAAGGCGAAAUUCCUUCGAAUCAUUUAUCCGAAGUUUGAAGGCAAAUGUCGGAUUAAUAAUUUCGGUUGUUGUCAUAUUAGGUUGGCUUACAGUUGGAGUCGUCUAA